AUGUUUUCAUCAUUACAUAUCAUAACCCAACAACAUCCUACAGUUUCAAUCACAAACUUUCAAUUAUCAAUACAAGUAUUCUUACACAAUUUUUUUAAUGUCAUAUCCACAAUAGAAUCUAUGGUGUGCAAAUUAAGUAACCAUAUGAUUGUGUUAAUAUGGUUACCUAUCUUGUUGUUCUUUUUCUUUGAUAUCAUGAGUUAUAUUAGUAUUAGGUUUUUACUAAACUCUUCAAAAUCAAUUACAUCUACUUGA